CAGAUCAAAGAGAUCCCCACACACCACUAGAUCAAACUCCACAUAGAUAUCUCCACAGAUUUUAACCAGAUAUUACGUGGCCCAAUUGGAUAAUCCAAUCAAGCCUCCUUAGCCAAUAACAAUCAACUUUUGGAUUCGCUCUAUAUCCCUUUCAUUUCCCAUAUACACUCAUCAAAUCUCUCACUUCUUCCACUUCCACCAAAAAUCCCUCAUUCUUUCUUCUCCUCUCCUUUUACUCUGUUUCCCCUGAAGAAGAAGAAGAAGGAAAAAUGGCAGCUAAUAGAUUGAGCUGCGGCGUUGCCGCCGUUUGCCCAUCAAUCCUUUCUUCAUCAAAGUCUAAAUUCGCCGCCUCUGUUUCACUUCCCGGCAAUGUUGUCUCUUCCGGCAGGUUCACCAUGACCGCCGACUGGAUGCCCGGCCAGCCCCGCCCACCUUACCUUGAUGGUUCUGCUCCAGGGGACUUUGGAUUCGACCCACUUCGUUUAGGUGAAGUUCCAGAGAACUUGGAGAGAUACAAGGAAUCUGAAGUCUACCACUGCAGAUGGGCCAUGCUUGCUGUGCCUGGAAUCCUGAUUCCGGAAGCUUUGGGGUUGGGAAAUUGGGUGAAGGCUCAGGAAUGGGCUGCCGUACCUGGAGGACAAGCCACUUAUUUGGGUCAGCCAGUUCCAUGGGGAACUUUGCCUACCAUUUUGGUGAUUGAAUUCCUUGCCAUUGCCUUUGUUGAGCACCAAAGAACUCAAGAGAAGGAUAUAGAGAAGAAGAAGUACCCAGGUGGAGCGUUUGACCCGUUGGGUUUCUCAAAGGACCCUGCCAAAUUCGAAGAGUACAAAGUCAAGGAAAUCAAGAAUGGUAAACAAGCCCACUAACUAUAUUCUUUUUAUUCGGAAACAUUAGUCACGUUUUAUUAUACUGUUUUAGUUCAACAAAUGUAAAAAAAAACCUGGAAAUGAAAUUGUUUGUUUUUCAGGGCGGCUUGCAAUGUUGGCUUUUGUGGGAUUUGUUGUUCAACAGUCGGCGUACCCAGGAACCGGACCAUUGGAGAACUUGGCAACUCACUUGGCAGACCCAUGGCACAACAACAUUGGAGACAUCAUCAUCCCAAGAACAAUUUACGGCGGCCCUUAAAUAUCUUGAUGAUUUAGAUUGAUGCUAUAAAAAAAAAAAAAAAGAGUUUUCCAAUGAACAGCACACGUUGUAUAAAUCUCUAUUAAUUUGUAACAGUAAUGAGCACUAAUCGGAAUUUUCUGUUGCAUAUAUAUUAUGGUUUGUGCAAUUCGGAUUCCCGUUUGUAGUUUCUAGUGCUACCACAUUAGAAGCUCAACCUCAUAGUGAAUGAAUGCUGUUACGCUUCUGUUACUUCAAAUGUCUACAAGACGUCUUUAGUAAACAAAGCAACGCUCCUAAUCCAACAAACAUUGGUAUUUGUAUGACAAAUCUAUGCGUAUAAUUGAGGUAUAGGAUCGAAAAAUCUGGUGAUUAAUUAUUUGCG